GGACCAUUGGCUACAAGCGAUCAAAGAUCCCAAUGAUGUCGGACAAGCGGCCAUGCAAGGUAUAUUGCUGUGUCAUCUUCCAAAUCUAGUCUCUCUAACACUCACUCUACACUCGGGAAGCUUUGGGCAUAUAGCAACGUUUCUCCAACUUCCAUACCUGGAAGAACUUAGCUUGACUAUCGAUAUGGGAUAUGAGGGCAACUGGAAUGAAGAUUCACUUGAAGAUCCCGAAGAUAUCCUUGAGAGCAUUCUGUCUGGAACGCAAAAUAUCAAAAAAUUAGUCUUCGACCAUUACAGAAACGUUUGUGCCCCGACCAUCUUUGAUGGGAAUAACUUGAAGCGGAUCUUAGACCACCAUGUUUCCGAGACGGUCGAAGAUCUUUCAAUUACUCUUUCCCUGAGCGAUCCGAAGGACUGGCGGUUUCCCCAAGAAUAUGCUCGACACACCGGUGUGUUUGGGUCCAUGACGCAUUUUACCGAACUACGGACGCUGUCAAUCCAACUGGAACUAUUACUGGGUGAGCCGUGGGCCAACCCACGCCAUCUCAAGGAUGUGCUUCCCAAUCAGCUGCAGAGCCUUACCUGCUUCAGUCUCCAUUCCUACUCCAGACAUGACGACGAUGGCCGAAUCUGGAAGCGGGAGAGCUGCGUUCCAGAAUUUCAAUUGCUGGCUAAUGCAGCGCACGAUGAGUUUACAUUCCCGUCUUUGUAUGAAGUCGACUUAGUGGUAUACCGCAACGAUGACUUCAACAAGUAUAGCGGUGUUACGGACAGUUCUGGUACAUUUAAGGAAGAGGGAUUAGCUGAUUCAAGGAUUGCCUUUUCCUGGUAUUGAUCAUCAAACUCAAGGCUUCUGGCAUGUCUAGCCUUCAUUCAGGCUUUUGCCAUUUUACAAACUGAUGCAUACGUCGAUUUAU